AUGGCUGCUCAAUCGAAGCUCCUUCCCCAGGAACGCCCCAUACGGCACAUCUUCUCCAGCCUAGCAUCAUCAUACCUCCGCCACCGCACCAAUAUCUCCCGCACAGUCUAUCUCGCUCUCUUUGCUGCCCUCGCUAAGCGGAUACAUAAUGCCAUCUCCGAGCAGAAGGCGGCCUCUCAACACCAGGCGGAUCUGCGGAGGAAGCCAGGAACCAGCAGUCUCGGCGAUGGCGAGGACAAACCACGGAAGAAAGUUGGGGUCAAUCGUGAGUUCUUCAGGAACUUAGCGCGUCUAUUGAAGAUUGUGAUUCCGGGUUGGCGGAGUAAGGAGCUACGGCUGCUCAUGAGCCAUAGUGUUUUCCUGGUGCUCCGGACGCUGCUUAGUCUGUACGUCGCUGAACUGGACGGGCGGCUUGUCAGCAACUUGGUGCGGGGGAAGGGGAAAGAUUUCUUGCUGGGCCUAGUGUGGUGGAUGAUCGUUGCUGUUCCAGCGACAUUUACGAAUUCUAUGCUUUCUUAUCACCAGUGCAAGCUUGCACUUAGCUACCGCAAGCGCCUUACCGACCACAUCCAUGAGAAAUACCUCUCGAAUAUGACCUUCUAUGCGAUCUCGGCUUUAGACGACCGGGUCAAGAACCCCGAUCAACUCAUCACCGUCGACGUAUCUCGCUUCUCUGAUAGUUUGGCGGAGCUAUACUCUAAUCUUGCCAAACCGAUCCUUGACAUGGUGAUCUACAGCUACUCGCUCUCGAAGAGUGUUGGUGGUGAGGGCCUCUUCAUUAUGAGCCUCUUGGUUCAAAUAUCUGCCAACGUCAUGCGAGCACUAACACCACCAUUCGGCAAAUAUGUCGCCGAUGAAGCUCGUCUGGAAGGAGAGUUCCGGUUCCUUCAUUCAAGACUGAUUGACUACAGUGAGGAGAUUGCGCUAUAUCAUGGCCACGAGGCAGAGAAGGACACCUUGGACAAAGGCUAUUUCACCCUCAUAAAGCAUGUGAAUCGCAUCCUGCGCAGGCGCUUGUACCACGGAUUUAUGGAGGACUUUGUCAUCAAGUACUUCUGGGGCGCACUGGGUUUGAUUCUAUGUAGUGUCCCAGUUUUCUUCCGAAUCCCUGGUCGAGUUACCCAAACCAUGGGCGACCGUACAGAAAGCUUCGUCACUAACAGACGGAUGCUUCUCUCUUCCUCCGACGCCUUCGGCCGCCUAAUGUUCUCCUAUAAGGAAAUAUCCGAGUUAGCAGGCUACACAGCGCGCGUCUCCUCCCUAAUGGACGUAAUGGACGACCUACUAGCCGGGCGCUUCGAAAAGAAGCUCGUAUCCUCCGCCUCAACAGAAGAAAACGCCGCCGUGCUCUCCGGCCGCGGCAUCAUCGAAGAAAGCUCCGCCAUCGAAUUCACCGACGUCCCCAUCGUCUCCCCCAACGGCGACGUCCUCGUCCGCAAACUCUCUUUCACCGUCCACCCAGGCGACCACCUCCUCAUCGUCGGCCCCAACGGCUGCGGCAAGUCCUCCCUCUUCCGCAUCCUCGGCGGCCUGUGGCCCGUCUACGGCGGCCGCGUAAAGAAGCCCCGCUUCGACGAUAUCUUCUACAUUCCACAACGGCCCUACCUCUCCCGCGGCACGCUCCGGCAACAGGUCAUAUACCCCGACGGCGUGCGCGAGAUGCGCGCAAAGGGAAUAACAGACGCCGACCUCUACGAGAUCCUCUCCAUCGUCGAAAUCGCCUCAGUCGUCGACCGCCCUGAUGGGUGGGACGCAGAGGAGGAAUGGCGCGACGUCCUAUCCAUCGGUCUCCAGCAGCGAAUCGCAAUGGCGCGACUCUUUUACCACCGGCCGAAGUUUGCGAUUCUGGACGAGUGCACGUCGUCCGUGACGCUGGAGAUCGAGCGCGUCAUGUACGAGACUGCCAAGAAGCUGGGGACGACCCUUAUGACCGUUUCGCAUCGGCGCAGUCUGUGGAAGUACCAUAAGAUGAUUCUGCAGUUUGAUGGGCAGGGAGGGUAUAUUUUUACCGGGUUGGAUUGGGAGAAGAGGAUGAAGCUGGAGGAUGAGAAGGAAGAGCUUGACCUCCACUUGAGAGCUGUACCGGAAUUGCAGAAGAGGAUGGUUGAGUUGACUUCUGGGUAG